GACUUUGGAACCAGGGCAACAUAUCCGCAGGUCCCAGGGCUCAUAUACAGUAAGACUGGAGGUCUAUAAAAACCCAAAGACGCAAGCAGGAGGAUUAGUCUUCAGAGAAAGAGGGAGACUCUCCUCAAGCUGUGGGAGCCCAUCAUGUGGGGAGCCAAGCUUUGCCUCUUGCUGCUCCUGGGCACGCACACACUCGCCCAACAAGAUGUAGGAAGUGCGGAAGAACAGUCCCCGCUUUGCUUUUUGGCCAAAAGAUACAAGAACUUCAGACGCUUUGUGUACAACUAUGAAGCCGAGACGCUGAACGGUGUGAAUGGAGCCGCGAAUGAAAAGGCCGGCCCUAAAGUCCACUGUACAGUUGAGGUCGACGUACCCCAGACGUGUAGCUUCAUCCUCCGCACCACAGACUGCUCUCUGAGUGAGAUCUCCGGUUUGGACGAUGAGGGGAACCCGGUGUACCGUCCUGCUGCUGGGGAUGAGAAUUUCAAAGCUGCUAUGGCCAAGAACCCUUUGAAGCUUUCAGUGGAAGGACAAACUGGUGUCAAACUGUACCCUGAGGAUGAUGAGCCCACCAACAUCCUGAACAUCAAGAGGGGGAUCGUCUCCUCUCUCCUGGUGCCUGACCUGGAUGAGGAGAAGAACGCUGAAAUGCCCACCGUGCACGGCGUGUGCUCCACUGAACUCUCCGUUAACUCCAGAGACGACGUUGCUGUCGAUGUGACCGUCAGCAGGGAUCUGUCCACGUGUAACUGGUUUGUUGCUCGCAGACAGGACACCAGUCCUCUGGCCCUCAUCUCUGGCAUGAACUACCCUGUGUCCAAGAUGAUCAGCAGCACUCAGAUCUGUAACUACAAGUUUGACAGCCAGAAGAAGCACAUGACCAGUGGAUCCUGUACAGAGAAGCACAUCUUCCUACCCUUCUCCCAUAGGGAUGAAUAUGGAAUAUCUGCAGUCGUGAGGCAGACUGUGACUCUGAGAGAGACUUCCAAGAUUAACGACAGAAUAUUCAACCACAAUGAAGCCAACCUGAAGUACCUCCCCAUGGACGCUGUUGAUGACAAGCUGCCGGUGCAAACCAAGGACGCUGUUCUAACCACGAUGCAGAAGCUGAACACCCUGUCACAGACCACUGAGGGCCAGUUGCGUGCCGGCCUCUUCCACAAGCUGGUGUCUGAGCUCCGCGGAUUGAAAGUCGACAUUCUGACCUCCAGCGUUGAUGAGAUGAUUGAAAUCUCUGAAUUUCUGACUUGGCAAGCUCUGGUUCAGUGCGGUACCCCAGAAUGCACCAGCAGCAUGCUGAAGAUUCUAAGAAAAUUUGACCAAGAUGCAAGUGAGGUCGAUGCGGUCAUCUAUGCCCUGGGAAUGCUGUCCAACCCCUCCCGUCUGAUGGUGAAAGACCUGCUGGCAAUGGCUCAGUACAAGCAGAGCAAACCCAUCAUGUAUGCCCUGAGCAAUGUAGUUACAAGACUGUACAAGUCUGAGGGCGUCACUCCGGAGAUCACUGCUGUCUAUGAGUACAUGACAUCCCUUUUGGGUCCAGACUGUGCAGGGGAGAAAGAGCUGACCUUCCUGACACUGAGGGUUAUUGGUAACAUGGGAGAAGCAAUGGAGGCCGCUGGCCCUAUCAAGAGCACCCUGCUGAAGUGCAUGAGACAACCCGCUACUACUUUGUCCGUGCAACUCUCUGCCAUUCAGGCUUUCAGGCGCAUGUCCGUCACAGAAGAAGUUCGCUCCAACCUCCAGAGGGUCAGCCAAUACCCCAAGGGUGCGGUGCAGAAGCGCCUGGCGGCUUACCUUAUUCUGAUGAGAAAUCCACAGGAAAGUGACCUUGAGAUGGUGAAGAAGCUGCUCAGUCAGGAGCAGAACGUGCAGGUCAAAGCUUUUGUGUCCUCUCACAUCUACAACAUCAUCUCCUCAACCGAUUCAGAGACCAAAGAGCUCGGUCAAAGAAUAAUGGGAGUUCUGCAGGACACUGACGUCAUCACACACAAUGACUACAACACCAAGUCUCGCAACUACAAGCUGGGUGUGGCACAUGAGAACAUGCAUGCCAACAUUCAGGGAAACGUCAUUUUUGAUCCUAGCAACCAGUUGCCCAAAGAAGUCUUGUUGGAAACAACCCUGGAAGCUUUUGGCUACAGCAUGGAUGUAUGGGAGGUUGGCAUGGAGGGUAAAGGCUUCGAACCAAACCUCGAGGCUUUGUUUGGACAGAAUGGUUUCUUCCCUGACACUGUAUCUAAAGCUCUGUAUUGGGCUGAGGACAAGAUGCCACCAAAGAUCAGAGAAGUUCUGGAAAAAUGGCUCGCGCCUCUGAAAUCAGAACGGCCAAAGGUUCCUGCAAACCUAAUGGCAGAAAUUGUUCGUAACUUCAACAAACUGGUAAAAGAUCUGCAGAGUCAAGAGUCCCCAGAGGCCAUGGCCUACCUUAGGAUCAUGGGAACUGAACUUGGUUACAUCAAGGGCACCGAUCUGAAGUUUAUCAUUGAAAACGCAAUUUUGAACGCAAAGACUUACAUGCAUCAUGCCAAGUUCAUGGGUAGCUGGGUGCCAAGCACUGACAAUGAGAUUUUUGCACACUACAUCUUUAUGGACAACAAAUUCACCUUACCAACCGCAGCUGGCUUGCCAAUGACUUUUGCUCUUUCUGGCACUUUUGCUCCUGGUGCAAAAGGAGGCCUUCAUAUUUCUCCAAACAUGAAUGAGCUGGUCUUCAGUCCUUCUGUUGGAGUUGAAUUCAUGACUCAGAUGGGGGUCCACAUGCCCGAAUUUGUUGUUUCUGCUGUUGAGAUGCAUACCACCCUGUUCCACGAGAGUUCCUUUAAUGCCAAGAUCACCAUGGAGCAAAACCAGGUCAAGCUCUCCAUCCCUGCUCCACAGGGUACCACAAAACUCUUCAGAAUCAGCAAUAAAGUGGAGAUUGUUGGUGCUGGACAAGCUACAAUGAUCCCACACAAACAGAGCAUCUCAAAGUGCAACCCUCUUUUCUCUGGAAUCAAAUACUGCACCACAUUGCGUUACACAGACGCUAGUGACAAGACCACUGCCCCUUACUUCCCUCUGAAUGGAGAGACAAUGCUUGCUCUUGACAUCGAGCCCACAAAAGAGAUAUCUGAGUACACGGCCGUCUUCGUCUAUAACCUCCUCAGCGAAGGAAAAGAUGGCCGUCAGAAGGUUGAUUCCUUGAAGAUGAUCCUCAGGGCCGAGGGUUCACAGCCCAGAGAGGCUACAGCCACCAUGAAAUACAACAGGAACAGGAACAUUUUCACCACUCAGAUCCAGAUACCUGACAUUGAUGUUGAGGCGGGCGUUAAAGUUGGCAUGACAGACAGCAGUUCAAAAGGCAAAUCCAUGUUCCUUGAGAUCUCCAGCAAGAAUGUGCCCCAGCUGUCUCUAAUUGGCCGAGCUAAGCUUCAGGCUAUGAACGAUGGAAUGCUGCAGGUUCAGCUGCUGGUGCCAUCCCUCAGAACUAAUGCCACUCUCAGUGCUACAAUGAGCAAAACUGACGGGCUCACCAUGCAGAUCAAGAGUGAUGUGAAACUCCCAGAAGUCUCCUCCAUUCAGGCAGUCACUGUCAAAUAUGGUAAAGAACAGGCUGAGGUUAAUCUGAUGUCCAACAUGAAUGCUGACACAAAGAUCCCAGUGGGCUACACCAAAGCUGCUCAGGCAUUGCUCGGGCAGCUUGCAAAUGAUGUCAUGGACAAACAGGUUGUCAAUACAGACAUGAAAGUACGGCACAUUCUCAGCAAAGGCCUUGAGGCCACCAACAUCUGGAUUGAUAAGAUUUCCGUUGAUGUUCCUUGCAUCAAGAAACUGAGGAACAGCGUUGAAAAGAUGCAAAUGCCAUCAGUGCCUGAAAACUUGUUCAUGAAUCUUGAAAGCACACUCAGAUACCAGUUCAAACAGAACCGCUUUGUGAUGACUAUCCCUCUGCCUUUCGGUGGGAAAACAUCUGAAGAGCUGAGGAUACCAUCUGUUGUCACCUCCCCUCGCAUUUCUGUGCCUCAAUUGGAAGUGGAUUUUGCCCCUCGGGAGGUCCCAAUCCCACGUUUUACUAUCCCCUCUGAAUAUGAUCUCACCCUACCUCUGAUGGGAUUGAUGGAGGCAUCUGCCAAAGUCAACAGCAACUUUUACGACUGGGAGGGAGUGAUUACUGUUGGUAAUAACACUGCAGAGUCACCUGAAUACGUGGCCAAGUUCAGCGUCAUGGCUGAAAGUCCAAUUAGACUGCUAUCUUUCUCAGCUGAAGGAGCAUCCAAAAUCACAGACACAGACAAGGAAACAAUUGAAGUCACACUCGAUGGAGCCCUGAAUCACAUGCUCAUCAACACAGGUUUCAGCGUGUUGGAAAGCAUUGCCGUCACAGACAAUAUACUGACAACAGGUCACUACAAAUUGUAUGCUGCUGCUGAUCCUGCUGGUCUGAACACUAAUUUGACCAUUACCACCCAGUACACCCUUGACUCAAACAUGUUCUUUGGAGAUAUUAACACAGAUGGGAGCAUCACCAUUGGACCCAUGGUUGCCACCACCACUUACCUCCACACCUUCUCUGUUGAGCCAGCCAAGAAAGAAGCAAAAAUGGAGAGCACAUUGAGGGUGAACUCUGAAAAGCUGAAGCUUGCAAACAAGAUCAAAGCAUCCUAUGAAAGUGAUGAAUUUUUGUUUGAAUCAACCACCAACAUGAACCAUGACCCAAUCAUGCACACCACCAAAAUUAACCUUAACUACAAGGAUGUCAAACUCACCUUCCAGUCUGACUCUGUGACCAAAGCUUAUGAGAAGAUGAUUCGUAGUCAGAUGGAGUUCUCCUCCUCUGGAGGACAGGCUGCCUUCAGAAUAGAGAACCAAGCUGAUGAUACGCAGAACCGGGCAUAUUCUUUGCUGACUGGAGUGAUGAAUCCCUCUGGCUUAGAGAUCAAUGCUGAUGCCUCCAUAAACAUCUUCUCAAGUAUUGCUUCCCAUAAAGCAACCUUGUCAUUGAGCACAAACAGCUUGACCACCAGCUGUACAACAACUGCCCGGCACAGCCCAUUUACAUUUGAGAAUAUUUUCCAUGGCGGGGUUGACACCACUGGAGCCACCUUGUCUCUCACAACAAAAGGAGCUAUUCGGGCCAACAAAGCUGAGCUCUCUGUAGAGGGAAAGCUUGCAAACACAGAGGUUUAUCUCAACAGCAUGUUUGCAGGUAAUCUGUUUGACAUCAACAGCAGGAACAGAGUGAACUUGAGGCUGAAUGAAGAUGGUUUGGUCUUCUCCAACAACAUGGUUGGAUCUUUCAGGGAGAUGAAGACUGACAAUACCCAUUCACUAUCUCUUUCUUUGGGAUCUUUAACCCUCCAGUCCAAAACUGACAACUUCCUUGACAGGAGCAAUUCCUACAUGCACGACAUCACAGUCAACAUGAAGCAUUUUACUGCUUCAGUUACAGUGAAAAAUGACCUGAAGGUGAUGGCGGUUAACUUUGUAAAUGAUGCCCAGUUCAAGACAGAACCUUACAAUGUAGAACUGACUGGAACACUGAUGGGAGCCUUCUCAGAGGAAGAGCUCAAGCACACAUAUGAAAUCAAGUUUGCUAACAUGAUACUGUCUGCAAUGUGCAACACCAAUGGAAAACUCCUAGGAUCGCGCAUGACACAUUCAACCGACAUGGAAGUUGAUGGUUUGACUGUGAAGUUCAACAACAUGGCUAGCUUUAACUCGCCAUCUCUUCGUCUGGACAGCAUGAUCAAAACUGCUGCUGCACCCUUCACUCUAACCAUUGAUGCCAUUUUCAACUCAAACGGUGAAGUGCAUGUGUAUGGACAGCACAGUUCUGAAGUGUACAGCAAAUACCUCCUUAAAGCAGAACCAACACUGUUUACACAGUCCUUUGAGUACAGAGCCUCAACCAGCCAUGAAAUGGCAGAUAGACCUACUAUCAAGACCAAUAUGGAUAACAAGUUGAACAGCAUGUUAAGCCUGCAAGAGCAGAGUAUGUCACUGAAGGUGAUAUCCACAGUGAAUGAGCACACUUUUAAUCAAGAACUGAGUGCAUAUAACAAUCCAAAGAAGAUGGGUAUUGAAAUGAAAGGAGCAGUCUCAACUCCCCUCUUUAGUAAGGCCAGUCAAGAUUAUGCCAUCUCUGGAUUUGUGAAAUAUGACAAGAACAGUGACAGUCACUCCAUCCUGAUCCCAUUCAUUGAACACAUUCCAGCAGUGAUUGAAAGCAUGAAGACCACAAUGAUGACUCUGAUGGAUAACAGCAUUGAGAUGCUUAAAGACAUCAGCACCAGGUAUGAGAUCAGUGCCAAGUUUCAAGGCAAAAUGGCAGAACUGAAGGAUGCCAUUGAUCAUUUUGACUUCAACCUCUUUGUCCAAGACCUGAGAGAGUUUCUCACCAUUGUGGAAAAAUACAUCACUGAAAUGAUGGCCAAGUUCCCAACUGAUAAAAUUGUUAAUCUGUUCAAAUCUAUCAAAGACACUAUCAGGGCUACAAUUAAUAAAAUUAACAUCCACGACAAACUUGAAGCAGUUUAUAUCAAAAUUGAAGAGUUUCUUUCCAACUAUGGGGUUGAAAAAAUAAUUGGGGCCUUCAUGGAUGAAGUUGUUAAAAUUAUGAAGGAAUAUCAGAUCAGAGAGAAGAUUCAGCUUACAUUUGAAGCUCUGAAAUCAAUUGAUAUCCAGCCUUUGCUUAACAAAGCCCUGGUGCCUGUUAAGGACCUUAUGAAUGAGCUGUAUGCCUUUGACUUCAAACAGCUAUUUGAUGACAUGAGUGACUACUUUGUAAGAAUAAUACAGAAAAUUCAGUCCUAUGAUUAUGAAACACUCACAACAGAGCUGAAAGAGAAAGUUGCAGAGAUGAGCAAGAUUCCCUGUUUUGGAAAACUCUAUGGUGAGUUCAGAGUUACCUCGCCUCAUUACAACCUGAGGACCACUGCUGACCUGGAGAACGCCACAACCUCAUCAGUCACACCAGAAUUCAAAAUAAACCUAAACUCAAGGGCUGAUUCUACUCUGAAAGUCCUUGACUACACUGUGGAUGCCUCUGCACAUUUAGCUGCACCCAUGAUGAGCCGUUUGACCAUUUCCGAAAACAUUAAUGUACAUCAGCUUUCCUUUACACUUGACCACAAAGGAGCAAUGGAUUUCUAUGGCCUAUCAGCCCUAGCCUCUACUGAAACAACUGUGAAAGCCACAACUGAGUUCUGUGAUGCAGAGCUUGUCAAUAAUGCAGUCCUUAACACAGAAAAUGGAAUCUCUGCCACAGUAGAGACUACCUACAAUCAUGACCUCAACAUGCCACCCUUAAACGCAUUCAGCAAAACGAUGAUGAAACAAAAGAGUGUCUUUGGGCUUGUAGAUGGCACCAUGCAUCUCACUUUAAAUAAUCAGGCCAAUGGAAAAUAUACAGUUCAGAGAUUCUCAGAUGAAGCAACACAUAAGAGUGACAUUGAUGUGGAAAUGGAUCUCCACACAGCCAAAGUUACCCUCACUGGAGAGACAAGCAGCAACCACUUAAAGAUGAAUCAAACUGUUGUUGCUGAUAUUUGCAUUUUCCGCCAUGUCAUCAUCAAUGCCAAGGCUGAGACAGAAACACCUUUCAUGAAGGGGAGUGUUGCAGAGGUCAAGCUCCAAGCUAAGAUUGAAGACAUGAAAAUUGAUCUCACUGCUUCUCACAAUGCAGAAUUGGUUGGUCAGGUCGAAGGAGCUCUCUCAAGCUCUGCCCUCGCUUUGAUCAAACCUACAGAGCUCAUGUUUGACAUGAAGAACAAGGGAGGUGCCAAGGUUGUUCUGCCAUUCAAGCUGUCUGGAAAAGUUGACCUCCAGAAUGACAUCGCUUUUACUCUGAACUCUGAAGUGCACCAGGCAAGCUGGACCGGCCUGGCCAGGUUCAAUCAGUACAAAUACUCCCAUUUUUUUUCCAUGGACAAUGGUGAGAAAGAAAUUACCAUAAUUUCCCAAAUCAACGGGGACGCAAAUCUUGAUGUACUGAAGAAACCUAUCACCAUUCCUGAAAUCACCUUACCAUUUGUUGGCAUGAAAACACCAAGAGUGGAGGACUAUUCUCUCUGGGAAGACACUGGCCUGGGCUUCAUCCUGACAACAACUCAGCAGACAUUGGACAUGAAAUCCAAGCUAAAGUACAUUAAGAACUCUGAGAUGAUCACUUUUGAUAUUAAUUUGGAUCCAGUCAUUACUGCUAUAAAUACCAACAUGGAGGCUCUGCACAAGAAAGUGCUUAUUAAUAAAGACAAGGCCACAGCCAUCCUUGCUUCAUCUUAUGACAAAGCAAAGGCAGAGUAUGACAAAUACAGCAUUGAGUUACCAAAAACCAUUGUAGUACCUGCCCACAGAGUUCCACUGAUGAAUGUUGAAAUGUCCUCUUUCACAAUUCCCCUGCCCGAUGUCAAUUCCAUUGCAAUGCCUGCCCUGCAUGUUCCAGCUGCCCUCAGCAAGUUCACUACUCCAAAAAUCACUCUACCCAAAAUUCAGACCAUCAAGAUCCCAGUGAUGGGUGACCUGAUCUACGAGUUCUCCAUGAAAACAGCAAUGAUCACACUCAAAACUGACGCCAGCGUCCUCAACCAGGAUGGCCUCAACAUCAAACUUGAUGCCUCCUCAUUGUCUGAAUUUGAAAUUUUGAAUGGGAAGAUUGAAGGCAGCACCAAAGUGAAAACAGUGGAUGAAUUUAAAAUGGCCUCCCUCCUGUCUGUGAAACAUUCAGUGCUGGAGGGAAACCAUGAGAGCACCAUCGUCUUAGGCUUAAAAAACAUAGACACCUCUAUCACCAACGCAGCAAAAAUCAAUCUGUCUUCUAUGACUAUGGAAAUCAACCAAGAUAUUAAAGGGAAUCCAGCCGAAGGCCUGGUUGUGUCCAUGUCUACUCCAUCUACAGGACUCAUUGCCAUUCAGAUGCAGACAAAGCAGCCAGCACAAGUGAAAGCCAGAAUCUACGGUCGCUACCCGACUAAGCCAACAACCAACGUUGAUAUCUUGGGUCUCAAGAUUUCUGUGACUGAAUCCAAAAAGCUAAACCUUCAGACCACCUGGAAUAUGGAGAUGCCAUACGAGAUGAUGCUGGGACUGAAAAAACAUGUGCCCACAGUGAUGGAAAUGGUUUCCGAUCCUGCUGUCAGAACAUACAACCAACUCAACAGGGAUGCUAGAAGCCUCAAGGUCUCGUUUAAAAAGGCUACAAAGCAGGGUAAAGAAAUGUUCAAGAAGGCUGUUGAGAAUCUCGCUGCAGUUAGUCCUUCUGAUCUCAUGCCGACUGUCAUAGAUAAGACCCUUGUGAUUCUCAAAGAGUACCAAAAAAAGGUUGAACUUGUUCUCGAUGCUGUUGUUAAAUUCCUGAAACAGACCAAGUUCCAGAUCCCUGGUUAUGAACAGAGGCUCUCUGGACUUGAGAUCCACCAGAAAUUGAGCGCGUUUGCUGCUGAUGUGUUUGAGGAGGCUGUUGAAAAGAUCCCAGAGUACAUCGCCUCCAUGUUUGCACCAGUCGUUGAUCAAUUCAAAGCGAUCAAAUUCCAUUUUCCCGGCUCUAACCGCAUUGUCAGUGGGGCAGAAAUUCUUAAUAAUCUGAUGGAGUAUCUGAAGAAAAUGCAGGCGCGUGUGAUUGUUACUGUGAGGAAUUUAAGUGCAAUCCAGCUGGAAGAUAAAAUCAAGCAAUUCUCAGCAUUUAUGCAGUUUAUCGUUGAACAGAGUGAAAACUGUCUCCAACGUCUAAAACAAGAAAACCUAGAGGGCAUUUACAACUUCUUGGAUGAUAUGUACAAAAAUCCCAAGAUUCCUGAGCAAAUUAAGGACGUCCACAGAAUCAUUGUGGAAUUUCUGAGAUAUGUGAUCGAUAAACUCUCCCAAUUUACAACCCUGUCACCCUAUGCAUCUACUGAACAGCUUAGAACAGACGUCCAGUCUUGGAUUGACUCUUCGGUAAAAGGCGUUAACACCGUCCACAACACCGUCAUUAGGACCCUCAAAGAGAAAAGCAAGAGUGUUGAAUCCUACGUUAAAGUAGAUGACAGACGGAUAGAGGUUGAAAUUCCUUUACCAAACAUUGCCAGAUUCAACUGAAUGUAACCAAGGCAAACAAAAAUGUGGAUAAAUGUUUGUAAUACUUGUCUCUUUUUCAUAACCAACAACACAGCCGUGAAGGUUUUGUCCUAAAAACUCAAUUCUACAAAAACAGGGAUGUGUAUUCCUAUCAUACUUCUCCAUUCUGCUUCCCCCACCCCAUUAUUAUUUCAUGGUAAACUAACAAUUGUUCUGAUUCUAUUGUUUUCAUUUGUGUCUUGUACUAUUUAAAAAGCCACGUCAAUAAAUACAGUUUGUACUGCAUACCUGUCAAA